GGGACGGUCACGGGUCACCCUCCUCGUUGGCAUUGAGAUUAUCAUUUCCUCGUAAAUUUUCCACUCUCCCUAACCUAGUCUAACCUAUAAUCUGACGUCCCAAUUUCCCCACCUGUGCAAGCUGCGUCUUUCCCUGCAUGCGGCCUCCUGGAUCGUUCUACCCCGGCGGUUGAUCGGUCACCUGCUUCCUAGACCAGGCACGGUGACACCUUGCAACAAUGGCCGACGCAGAUAUCGCAAACUAUUACAACCUCCCUUCGGCCUUUCCGGAGGAGUGGCCUGCGGAGCUAGACGAAAGCGAUCAUUCGGAAGAUGAGGCUCUCGCCCGCACUAGUUCGCGGCGAUCCCGGUACUUUGCUCUCGAGCGCAGUGGCAGUGGCCGGAAAGGCGCCAACCUAGGGUCACUUAAAGGAAACAAUGCCCGGGAAAACCUCGUCCAGGUGGACGAGCCAGAUCCGCUUGGGACAGGCGAGAGCGUCCUGAGGAUCUUGAAGAAGAGAGGCCUGUCCAUAGAAGAAGAGAGCCGCUUGCGCAACAGAUUCUUGCUCUCAUCUACGUCAUUUUCCCCGGCACUCUUUCUCUCGCAGGCUCACUCCGACGCCUCAAUUAAGUCUCUGCUCAAUGGAUUAGAGUUCCUAUCGCGGUCGAUCGAUCAAAAGUCAGCUUCCUUGAAAGUCCUCGUUGAGGCGAACUUCGAGCGAUUCGUCCGAGCCAAAGCAACAAUUGAUAGCGUGUAUACAGAGAUGAGGAACCAGGGGAAGGCACAAGAAUUAUCAGCCCCACAAGCUCGCCGCAAGUCGGGGCAUUUCCGGAGCUAUUCAUCAGGGAGGCAGAGCGUAUCUCCCGCGGCGGUUUCAGAUUCAGCACCGGGGAAGAAUGCUCUGACUAAGGAGAGUGAAUACGGAAUGAAGGGCAUCCGGGGCCCACUUUUGGAAGCCUCCGUCAAGGCUGAAGAAGUAUGGGGACCUGCGUUAGGUGGCCGUGAGAGAGAACAGGUCUUGAAAUCAGUCCUCGAUACCAUGGAGAAGCACCGAGAUGUUUAUGAAAUAGGCGGGCUCCUUUCGAAAUCUAUCAAACAAAGGGACUACGAUUCUGUUUUUGAGCAAUACACCAAAGCCAGGACGCUCUCGAAGAAGGCCAGGAACAUUGCUGAUACAGCGACGAGCAAGGACCGGCCGCUGACUGACGACGAGACCCAUAUGAUCUUAGCCAUGGGGAGGAUGUGGAUGGAUGUCGAUCAGCAGAUACAAGCGUUCAAGCACGAUCUAUGGAGGCGCUUGAGCGAGUCUCCCAUCACAUCGACAACGGUGACAGCUUCCGGUCCAGUUGAGGAACACAUGGAAUUAAUCGGCGCGUUACUGGAACUGGGUGUCGAAGACAAUCCCAUCUGGGUCUGGCUUCUUGGUCGCUAUGAGUACUUGAAAACAAGAAUCACAACUUUUUGCGAACGUUGCAAGACAGAAUUAGAGAUUCUUCGACGCAGGCUCGCUUCUUGUGAGAAGCCAACGCCUCAAGCAGUGGCAUCCUAUCUUCGGCUCGCUCCACGUGACGGUGCAGCAGGUACCCCAGCGAUGCUUGACGCUGACCAGGUCAUCGAGCUCUGGGAAUGUGUGAACACUUACUUGACUAGACUGCUAUCAUCACAAGGAGGUCUCCUUGGUGAAGUCUUUGACUUCUGGGAAGCGGCGCAAUCCUUCAUCGAAGGUAGCAAACAAAAGCUUCUCCCAACCGGAUUCGAAGGAGAAAGUCGUAGACAUCAUCGACUCUCGCCAAUUGAAUCUAGUGAAUUGCAGAAAGGCGUUGUUGAGUUGGUCAACCUAAUCCGUGAAAGUGUCCUGUCGCUGUUCGCCGAUUCUCCAGUGGAAGACGUCGCCAUACUCACCUCCUCAAUGCCACCACCAAGCCCCAAAAGCCCAAUGAGUGGAGGCAUCACCCCCACUGAGUCCCGCUUCAAACUUGAUCCCAAGAAUAUGCCAUUCCCCACACCCAAACGUGGUGAAGCCUGGGAAGAUUUUGCGUUCUGGCCACCGUUUUCUAACUCCCUUAGUGGUGUUCACUAUCUCGGUCAAUUCCUAGUGCUUAUCGGCAGAGCAGCUAGUGAAAUGGCUGCAUUGGCACCCGUACGAAGCACGGACAAUGCUUAUGAUCUCCUCAAGUCACUCGUGAGCGUUGCACGUGAGCGUUCCGUUCGCGCAGCAUGCUACGCUUGGGGCAAAGAUGCAGAAGUUUGCAAGAUGUUGGAGGACUGGACGAGGGAUUCGGAGAAAAAGGACUUGACCAAGAUGCCCGGUUUGUUUGUGGCUUUUGAGAACGCAAUCCUUAGUGGAAUGCAGAAGAUCCUUUACAUUUCCGAGGCCAUGGUAAAAUCGGGUGACGUGGAUGUUGUCACACAACCUCCUGCGAAGCUUCUACAGAUGGUGCGCACACAAUUUGUGUCCAGUAUAUACAAGGCCCUCAGCGGCUUGGUGGAAAACGCGGAGCAUCCCACUAUUCCUCAAGAGGAUAGUGAAUGGGUGCUCGCUGGGCCAGCGGCAGGUAAUCUCUCUGAUCCAUCCACGGCUCUGUUCAUUGCGGAUGCAGUAGAUGCCCGAAAUAGAAACAUACGCAUACUCCUCACUCUGUCGAAUAUCAAAGCAUUCCAGGCCGAUCUCGUCCCUCAGCUGGUGGCAAACUUCGAGACAUCAUUCUCAGUCAAGUUGACAGAGGAAGCCAACACUAUCCGCGACGUGCUUAGUCAAAUUGACGACCGCUUGUUCCAAUCGUACACCAAGCCCACCAUGAACAAACUGAACACCACGAUCAUCGACGGUGUUACUGCCCCGGACUGGGAGCCGACCGUUCCUCGCCCCGAACAAGUCCGGCCGUACGUCUACAACACGAUGCUGACUCUUGUGCUGGUCCAUACGGAGAUAUCAACUACGAUUCCUUCCAGUUCUUCGCCAACUGCCAAUCGGUCGUCGUCAGCAACCCAACCACCACUUCUGACCAUCAUUCUUACGCACCUACUCACAAAGGUCUCUUCAUCUCUCCUGACGGCUUUCAGCUCUCGAUCGUCGUAUACUUUGGCCGCCUUGAUGCAAGCCACCCUCGACACCGAGUUCAUUGCGCAGACCAUGUCACAAUUCUCUACCGAUGAAGCCUCCACCGUGCAGAGUCAGAUCUACGUGGAACUCGAUCGCCGCACCACGCACGAGGCUCGAGCUCGUCUUCAGUCGGAGCUGGGUGAAAUGCGGGGAACGCUGAAACGGUUGCGGGAGAGAACUAAAGGAGAAUUUGCUUGCUUUAGGAGGCAAAGAACUCGGACCGAGCCAAAGACACCAGCGUAGUAAAUAAUGAGAUAUAAUUGAAUUUUGGUAUCCAGCACUACAGGUACAACUGAACGUACAUAAACAAGAUU